AUUUCCAAGCUCUUUCAAAAGCUUGACAUUCUGAGCGGCACCGGGCUCCAGGAUACAAGCGGCGUCUACUACAACCCUUUCGACGACGGUGCACCAGGAACCGAGUACAUCCAGAAUGUGUCUGAUCUCCCUCAGUACACCUGGACUGGCGGUCAGCCGGAUGACUAUGGGGCUUCUGACAUGAUCACUCCCGAGACCCUCACAAUGUAAACAUGCUUCGCUCGGAUGCGAUUUGAGCAUCGUGCGCGAGUCAAGUGUUGUUCUGCCGACUCGUUGGUGUCAUAUAAAUUCACAUGC